AUUGUAUAAACUACUUCAAAACGGUAACGUGGCUUUCCUGACUAUUUUUCUCUUCUUUUGACCUCAUUCGUUCCGACGGGAAAUCAUAUUUCUCUCUUAAAGAGACAUGGUAACGAGAACGCAUGGAUUCAAUCAACGUUGCUUUGUGCUAUUGAACUUAGCUGCCAAGAUUUGAGGCCUCGCUAAAUUGUUUCGCUUGCGUCAAAUUAACAGAUCUCUGUGCCUUAGGGUUAGGUUGUUCGACGUCAUUUCAAGGACAUGUUCCAYGUUGAUGGCCGAGAUCAUCCUUGAACCAGACAUAGAGAAAAGCAUACAGAUAUUUACUUUAGCUGAAGUUGAAUUAUGAAUCUUGGACGAGCUGGAGAAUUGUUAUUGUGGCUGAUCUUAUUAGUUCCAUCAUCGCUGGCAAUUCGUUGGCUAGGAAUUCAGCAUGGUUUAGACCACAACUGGAGAAAGAAAGAUUGCAACAAAAGGCAAGGUUUUACUGGCAAACAGUACAGCAUGUGUAGACGAAAUCUUCCUAUAAUGAAGUAUGUUCGAGAGGCGGUUGAAAUGACUCGAGAGGAAUGCGUUUAUCAAAUGCAGCAGCGAAGAUGGAAUUGCUCUUCUAUACACAAGGCUCCGCGAUACAUGAACGACUUAAAACGAGGAACCAAAGAAGCAGCAUACGUAUAUUCACUGUCAGCGGCUGCCGUUUCAUACUCUGUAACACAAGCGUGCAGCACACGACAACUCGGGUCAAUAUGCAGUUGUGGACGAAAUCCACGAAUUCGACUGAAACGAAAGGACCAAUGGCAAUGGGGUGGAUGCAGUGAUAACAUAGCUUAUGGGACAAGAUUCAGUAAGAGAUUCACUGAAGCCGUCGAGAACCAUCGAAUGAAGAAGAAGAAAAGUGCAGACCAGACGCUCAUGAAUAUUCAUAAUUCAGAGACUGGACGAAGGGCUGUACGAGAUCAUAUGAAAGUUCAUUGCAAAUGCCACGGAGUCUCCGGAAGCUGCAACGUCAAGACUUGCUUUCGUCGUUUGGGAGAUUUCAGAGAAAUUGCUAAAUUCUUACGAAGAAAAUAUGACAGAAUCAUUUACGUGAAAAAGGAAAAGAGUAAGAGCAAGACCAAAAAAGACAAACGAAAAAAGAAAAAUGACAUCACAGUAGAUGAAAAAGAAAAGAAGGAAAAGGAGAGAAAACAGGAAAAAAUUUCAUUGAAAUCGAAGGACCGCAAAGGACGUAAAUACACUACCAAAGAUCUUAUUGCUCUUAGCCGUUCACCAUCCUACUGCAGAAAGGAUAAAAGAAAGGGGUCUUAUGGUACUAAAGGACGAAUUUGUAAUCCUAAAAUGAGAGGCGGCAAAGGAAGCUGUAAUUACAUGUGCUGUGGUCGUGGUUAUCGCAGUAAAACUGUUACCAAGGAAGAACGCUGCGAAUGUCAAUACGUCUGGUGUUGUUACGUAAAGUGCAAAACGUGUACAAAGCGAGAACGUGUUUAUCGAUGUAAAUGAGCAUGCUCGUCCACGGAAACCGCUGUAAAUUAACAUGAAGCAUUUUGAAUUUCUCAUCAGCAUGGUAAUAUUAUGGGAURUAGUUCAAUGACCAACUAGGAAAAAGUGGCGGGUUUCCUGUGCUAACUAUCUAAUUGACGCAAUGUGUUAUAUAUUUCGAGAUUGAGCAUGGAUUUGUCGUAGUUUCGCCUGACGCAGAUAUGGAACAAGCCAUUACGUAUAAGCACGUACAGAUACGCUCCCUUCUAUCUUCGCACGCAAUGGUCACACAAACUGAUACGUAACGUUAGUGUCACAUAUAACAACGAAGGAUUUGCUUUACGUUAUUGUACGUUGAUCAACGAACACUAUGCUGUGUACAUGAGAUGAGUGCUAGCCAAGUGGAGUUUCCGCGMMAAAUCAGAUAACUGGAAACAAACUACGCGAACAGCAUAACGGAUCCCUACACCAUUUCAACAGAAGCAUUUCACAAUGUUUGGAAUAAAAAACAACACUCAUGCAUUUCCAUUUUGUAGUGUAAUAUAGACAUUUGUAAUUUUAGCUGAGUUGUAUGAUUAUAAUCAACAAUAUGAUUACUUAUAUAAAAUGGUCGGAUUACACAAUGAAUAUAAGUCUAAAUGAAAAAAACGUUGUGACAAAAGAAACAACGGCUCCGAAACAACAUCUUUUUGUUGCUGGGCUUAGAAAAGUAACAUCGAGGAAGCUGUAAGACCUAAUGGAUUUUUGGGUACUGGGAAAUUUAUAUAUUAGUCAUAUUAGCCUAAAAAACAUGUUAACAUUUCUCGUACUACGAGAAAUCUGAGAUUAAACCAUGAUUAUUAAAUCGCUUUUGAUUAUUUGUCCAUUUUGGUCUUAGCUUUUCGAUGUACAACCUUUCUGAGCCUGAAAACGUAUUUACAAUUAGAUGUAUGCAUGGAUUGAUCUCUACAUCUUGUAACACAUUGUUUUCGAUUGAAUACCCAGUAAUUUUGUCUGAAAGUUGGGCGUUCUUCAAUUCAAGAUGGCGGCGCUGAGUUAUCGGUAAAAAUAUAUUCACCUAAAAUCAACGCGAUUUUCUACUUCAAAAACGAAAAACAUUUAAGCUCAUUUAAUUUUUAAUCUUUUACUUCUCAUUGUUUAUUCCGUGAUUAUAUCUUUAUCGGCAGCUAAACGUUUUUUGAAUCAACUUAGCACAGAGACUAAUGCACGCUUGUCAGAAUCUACAAAAUGUUUUUGGCACCAUCAUAUGACAUUAUCAUCAACCUGCCAUUCAAGGUCGUAUUAAUCCAUUUUAUCUCGUAUCGAUUGCAUCACUAAAAUGUAAAAUCAGAAGUCGUGGCAUUUGUAUAUCUGAUUAUACGAUGCUAUUUCAUAGUAUUUUCAAUUUUAAAAUGAUUCAAAGAACUUGACCUUACGCAAGUUUAAGAACAAAGUGAAAAAAAAAACUUUUAACAUCUUUGUUGUAUAGUUCCGGCAUUCCGUAGUCCAUUCAUUCCUUUAUCAGAUGUAAGAUAUCAUUGUUACACACGUCAUUUUUAUUACAAGCAGAAAACAAAUAAAUAAAAACUGAAUAAAAAACUAAUGUCAUGGCAAAAAACAGGAGAUAUUUUGGAAUUUUUCUAAGGCUUUUUGGCAAAUUUGGCAAUAUAUGCAUAGUCUGGACACCUAGAUCAUACACCAUACACGACUUUUAUAUUUAUUGCAUCCACUUCAUGUUCUUGUAAUUGAUUUUUAAGAACAUAAUAAAAUUGAACACAUCUUGAGGUGUUGCA